UACAGAAUACUUCACAAUGUGAUUCGCAAUUUAAUUUUAAAAUUAUAUUAUAUUAUCUGUGGAGAAUCAAAUAGACAGUCGCAGUCAGUGAAGUCAAUUGCAUUGAAAAUGAAAUUAUUAUAACAUAUAUAAUAGAAAAUUAUUGUGGAAACUAUCGCAUUUUUCGCCAAAACAUUACGAGACUAGUCAUGAAACAUGGUUUAUUCAGUGAAGAUAAUUUCGGUAAUCGUACUAACUGCUAUUGUGGCAGUAAAAGCCAGAAUACACAAGUUGCCUCUUACGGAUGAUUACCGACACUAUGUGGACCUGACCACAUUCGGGUUCUUCCAAGGUGGGGUGCUCGAUGUUCGCAUGGUCAACUUCAAACUACCUUCAAACGUGGAGCCUGGAGAGUAUGGUUUCACCCUCGACCGCACAGUGAACGACGCCAUCAGCCCGUACUUGGAGGCACAUUCCGACACGUGCUUCCUGAAGGACAGCGAUAGCAGCUACACGUCCCCGCAGCACCCCGCCAUCGUGUUCCUCAAGAUGGACUUCAACAACUUGAAGUUAAAUAUAACUUGCAAGGGCAACGACCUGAAAGCCAUGCAUCUGUACCAGAACCGGUCGCAGAUACCGCUGGACCGCGCCAAGCGGAGUAGCUUCUGGCGGCACCCUUACAUCACCAAGCGGUCUGCUGACAAGGGCCCAGAAUGCGUCCCUCCUUGUUCCUGCGCCCAUCUGCCGAUAACAAAAGAAACCAAAAAUGGCUUCGACUAUUACAAUACUAGUUUCGCAAUGUACGUGGCAUCCGUGCGUGAAGAGGGGCUGUACAACCUGUACUUCCACAACUGUCCAAAGACUGACAAGGGAGUUACUCCUGCUAUGAACUUUGUUAUAGAAAUAUACGAAAGCAAUGACGGCAACUUCCUGUCAGCCGGCGAGAUGCCGCUCCCGGCCUUGUACAGCACGAUGUCGCUCAUAUUCCUGCUCUCCGCCGGCUUCUGGACCUUCAUCCUCAGGAGCAGCAAGCACACCGUGUACCGUAUACACAUCCUCAUGUGCGUGCUGGCGUACCUCAAGGCUCUGUCUCUGGCCUUCCACGGGAUCAACUACUACUUCAUCAGGACGAGGGGCGAGCACGUGACGGCGUGGGCCAUACUUUACUAUAUCACUCACCUGCUAAAAGGCGCGGUGUUGUUUGUGACGAUAGUGCUAGUCGGUACGGGGUGGAACUUCAUCAAACACAUCCUGGCUGAUCGGGACAAGAAACUGUUCAUGAUCGUCAUACCGCUCCAGGUGGUGGCGAACGUGGCGGAAAUCAUAAUAGCUGAGAGCGAAGAGGGCGCCGCAGAGCACAACGCGUGGAGCGACACCUUCAUUUUGGUGGACCUGCUGUGCUGCGGCGCCAUUCUGUUCCCCGUCGUGUGGUCGAUACGUCACUUACAAGACGCGUCGAGCACAGACGGCAAGGCAGCGAUCAACCUGCGGAAACUGAAGUUGUUCCGACACUUCUACAUAAUGGUCGUGUGCUACAUAUACUUCACGAGGUUCAUCGUCUAUCUGCUCAAGAUAACGGUACCGUUCCAGUACUCGUGGAUAGACGAGAUGUCGCGCGAGUUGGCAACGUUCGUGUUCUUCGUGAUGACCGGCUACAAGUUCCGACCGGCCGCCGCCAACCCGUAUUUCACGCCCAACACGUCGGACGACGCGCUCGUCCUAUCGGAAAUCGGCGUGCUAGAGGGAGUCACCAAGAUACCGCACCGCGGCGAGAAGAAGCGAGAAGACACCGUGCCACUCAUGCAGAACGGCUACAAUUCCGACUAGCGUAUGCUUUCCUAGUUAGUUUUAUACCUUGUACCAUAGAGUUUGAGAGUUCUAAAGACUAUGCAGAGUCGCAGCUUUGAGCUGUUUUUGGCAGAAUAGAUGUGUUCGGUCACAGAAUUUGUGUUGAUCAAUUUAGGAUUCAACCUACUUGUUUGUCAAUAAUAACGGUAUGAAAUGUCUGAUGUAAGUGAACCUUAAAUGGCUCAACAAUUAAAGUCCGAGACUACAAUCACGUCUGAAAAUAUCGAUACGGAAAAAGCGCCAAAAAUAUGUAUACACGACCUUAUUGCCUAUAUAAUAAAGUAAUGUAUACAUAUUUUUGGCAGUUUGUCCGUAUCAAUACUUUUAGACAUGACCACCGUCAAUUAAUAUGACAAUAACGUUUUAAGUGGAACUUUCAGUGUAUAUUCUGUCCAAAAUGGGGCAAAGUUAGCUUAGAACUCUAAAAUAGCGGUAUUUUUUUUAUACUAUGAAGAUAGUAAAGUAGUGUACUGCCCGCCUAACGUUAAUCGGACACCGCUGCCUAUAGACGCUUGAAACUUUGCCACCAUCAUUGUAUUUAAAAACUAACCCCCUUAUUCAUAAACGUGUACUAAAGUUACGAUGCCGCUGAUCAUCGUUUGUCCCUUUCCGACGUAUUGGUAUGAUGGAAAGGGACAAACGAUGAUCAGCGGCAUCGUAACUUUAGUACACGUUUAUGAAUAAGGGGGUUAAUGAGCAAAUGUUUAUGCCGCGUUUUAUUAUUUAAAAAUAAAUAACCCUUACCACGUCUAAUGCCGUAACUGACAUCAAUAAACUAGUUUGAACUUGUUUAUUAACGUCCUACGGGCUGUUAUGUGUAUACACCGCACUUGAGGAGCAUUUUGCGGGCAUUUCACUUAGUAAUGUUUACAAAAUGAAACAUAGUUUACAAGUACUGUAAAGAGAUACGGUCUGUCUGAGGUGGGGAAUGUAAACGCUUGAGGUAGAUUUCUGAUAAUCUAUAUUAAUAUUUUUUCUUCAAACUAAUAACCGAAAUAUCGACUAUCGUUAAUGCUUGCCACCUUCAGAAUGAAUCGCCUGCAGAUUAUUCCUUCAGCAGGGCCAUGGUUGACUGGUAGAGAAUGCCUUCUGGCAUUAAGUCCGCCAUAGUCCGCAAUACUCUUCAUGUAUUGUGCAAUAAAGUUUAAAUAAUAAUUUAAAAAAAAAUAGAUCUGAAUUCAAAUAAUCGUUGCCAGUUAUCUACCACGAGUUAUUUACUUACCCCCUUAUUCAUAAACAUCAUCGUUUGUCCCUUUCCAUCAUACCAAUACGUCGGUAAGGGACAAACGAUGAUCAGCGGCAUCGUAACUUUAGUACACGUUUAUGAAUAAGGGGGUUAGUAUUUGUAACUUACCUAAUAUGUAAUAAGUUACUAAUAACCUAACAUCAACAAAUGAAAUGAAAUGUUAACAUAAUAUUACUAUACAUAAAAUUAAUCUUGAAUUGCAUACAUAAUGUGUAAAAAAAUCUCUUGAUAGGAUAUGAAAAAUAGCUGCCGCAUGUCAUUAUGAUUAAUUCCCUUUAUGACGACUCUAAAAUUUAUUGUUUUAUUUGUAAACCAUACUGACUGACGUGCCCGCAAAAUGCCCCCUCGAGUGCGGUGUAUGGUUAUUUGGGAUUUCGAUGUUUUCGAUGACCUGUCUGGCCUAGUGGGUAGUGACCCUGUCUAUUGAAGCCGAUGGUCACGGGUUCAAAUCCUGCUGUCUGGUUAGGGCAUUUAUUCGUGUGAUGAGCAUGGAUAUUUGUUCCUGAGUCAUGGGUGUUUUCUAUGUAUUUAAGUGUUUAUAAAUAUUUAUAAUAUAUUAUAUACAUAUAACGUUGUCUAAGUACCCUCAUCACAAGCCUUAUGGAGCUUACUGUGGGACUUAGUCAAUUUAUGUAAUAAUGUCCUAAAAUGUUUAUUUAUUUAUUUAUUGUGAUGGUGCAAAACUUUAAGCGUAGAGUCAAACCAAAAUAAAAUGGCAGCGAUUUUGACAGUUCCGAUAGUGCAAGUGUUAUUUUAAACGUCAAACUUCUAUGACGUUUACUUAACACUUGCACAGGCUGGGCUAUCAGAAUCGCUGCAAACUUAUCUUGGUCUGACGUAGAAGCGGAUGUGUAGAGGUACUUUCUUAUGAUAUUAAAAUCAAUGACUCGAUGUGUUUCCCGUAGUAAGCGUAGUUCAACAUAACCUACAAAACCUGUCAUUUAAAAUAAUCACUUUAUAGUCUAUUCCAUCGGGACCCUAAAAUAAUUUAAUCUAAUUAGUACCACGUGGUAAAAUAUCUAUGGGAUUGCAUAUUUGACCGAUCGACUGCGUCACGUGAUUUUGUGUGCAGGCGAGCUCACAAACAUCUUAACACGCCAACGUUCCAAUAAUAUAUUUACACACUUGUAAGACACUGGCAAUUUUAAUUAUAUCCUAAUGGGAUAAACUAUGGCAUUGUAGCUAAAGAAUUUGUAAGGGCAUAGACAAUGAAUACAUAUUUGUUUUAGUUUUAAUAAAUAGUUCACAGUUUUUGUUCAUACGUCUAGUCUGUACGAGCGAUUAUAGUAAUGAAUGUUAAAACUGACAUAUAAUUGUAAAUAAUGAUGCGUAUGAAAUUCAUAAUAUUCUUGACCUGAGAAAUUUAUUCUCAAAAGUUUUAAUAUUUUAACACUCGUAGGCUUGGAGGAUUUAGCAACCGGAGUCGCCUGUAAGAGCUUACCCCUCUGUCGAAAACCUCGGACAAUGGUCAUAUGUAUUGUUAGGACUGACGUUUAUCUGACGUGGCUAUUUGUAUGUUACGUAAAAAUAGCCAUACAUUUGACGUGCCCCUCCCCAGCAAAAAUCGGCACAGAAAAUGACAGACAAGGCGUCUCCAGUUGUUAAAUCCUCCAAGCUCAUAGAAUCUCUUUAACGAAUUGGAAGUUUUGACAUUAAUUUCGCCUUGUUAAAGUUACGACUUGGCAGUUCAUACUGAAUUUAAUCAAGUAGCGUAGUUUCACACAGUCGCCAUCAGAUAUAUCGGAGCGGCUGAGGUGCUCAGAAAUACCUGAACACGCACUUUAAAGCCAUGACAAUAGAGGCGUGUUUAGAUAUUUGUGAGCGCGUUGGCUACUCCGAUAUAUCUGAUAGCGACUGUACCGCCAGUCAAUGAAUGUCAACAGACGACGGAAAUCCGCACCACCUACAACCUAGAAAACGAUAUCCAUGACGAUUUUUGGAAAAAAGCGAUAUAUUUUCUGAAAUUUCUGCUAUAAUCGGGACAAUUUUUAUGGUUCCGAUUCAGGCCACAAGAUGGCAGACCCUCCAACGCGCACGGUCCCUAUAGUAGUUUCACUUGAUGUUUCAAGAAGGAUCAGUUAUUCUUUUUUACCUGACCGCGAGUUGUAGUAGCUGUAUCCUUCUAACACACAUGAAUAUCUAUGUUUAGCAGACUUAUGAUUUACGGCGUAUCGGCUUAAUAUCAUGAAACGAUUUUAUUUUUCUUCGACUCUGUUAUUUAUAAUUUAUAGGAUAGUAGAAAAUUAUAUGAAUAUAGUAGUAUGAUCUUGGAAUAUGAUCGCUGUACAGACGCCGUCCUCGCUAGAUAUAGUUACGGAUCUGACCAAAAAUUGUACAGUAUUUAACGCUAAGAACGCUCAUAGGCGUUGAAUGUUCGAUACAAGCAAAUUUUAAUGAUGUUGACGUGCGGGAGACAUUUUGAAUAUGACGUACGAGCAUGACGUUCAAAUGGCUUAUUAUGGUACAAUUUUGCGUCCAGAUCUUUAUUAGUACAUUACGAUACAAGUGUGAAAAGUAGGAGCACCGAGUGGCGAUUAAUUAAAACUCGACCGAAGGGAGUGUUUUAUAUCGACACGUUUUGCGAAUUACCUUUUCGCACGUGUAUUGUACAACGUUUUACAGUACAUAUGGCCCUUUAAAUUUUCGAUACACGCACGUAUUUUAGUUAAGUUAAGUAGCACCAUAUGUACUGUAAAAAAAUAUUAUAGUUGCAUUCAUAGUGUAAAGUGGACCAAAUUGUGAAGCAGCGUCGAAAUAGUACACUCAAAUAAAUUUAUCAUAAAUUAGUUUUAGUGGUUUUUCCUUAUCGUUUUUUUUUUGCAUUUUUAGUGAUAACAUCCUUUUGUUGAGUGUACUAAUUUCCCUAGUUAUAUGAGUAAAGAGGAAUAUUGUCUAACCAUUACAUGUUUCAACUGUCUAUUAACUGAUUUACACUAAGUAUUUAAUGCUUUUACCAAUCAGUUAUACUGGCUAAUUUUGGGGUCGUGAUUCCGUGAAAAAAAUAUAGUCAUGGGCCCUUACGUUUCGUUUACUUCGGGCAAUGGGAAUUUGAAAUAGAAUUUGAUUGUCAAAGAAAAGAUUGUCUAAUAGAUCAAAGGCCAAGGUAUGGCAGCAACGUUUCGAGCGAUGGCGCCAUAACCUUUAGGUAGUGCCCGGUGAGAUGGCGCCACUUUUUGAUAUUUAACAAAUUGAACACAUGUCAGUGAAAUAAUAAGGAUCAAAUUCAAAUGGUGUUCUAAAAGUUCUAAUUAUCUGUCGAAAGAUGGCAGUAAAUUUACGUCGCUACAAAGUUUUCUUUAACAAUAUACCUCUUUUUCAAGUUCUCUUUACUUCGGGCCCUCAAGGUGUCCAUUAGAUUUUUUUCGUGUUAUUGGGGUUAGUCCCAUGGGGGAAUAAAUUUGUUUAAUACGACCCCAAAAUCACCCAAAUAAUAGAGUUACCAAUCAACCUAAAAGCUCCAAUAUUUUGACUAGAAAACAUCAAUAUCGUAGAAUGGUAUAUUUGAAAAGUAUUUUUUUUUUCAAUGUAAUUGAUUGUCUUGGUUAAACUGUAAGGUAUAGACAUUAUUACGAAACGGACUGAACACGUCUAAGAACUGACUGCGUUAUGUAGGGUCACUAAUAAUUUAAAUAAUAAAGGAGUAUAGAAUCGUAGUUUCAUCGUUAUAAUGAUAUGUGACUGCGGCCGGCAAAACCCCCCACUUUUGUCAAUUGCCAUAAGGACUCAUUGUCAGGUUAUUCGCAUAAAGAUACAAGCAAAUCUCUUCCUUAUGGCAAGCCACAAAGUGGGAUGUUUUGCCGACCGGGGUCACAUAAAGGUAGUUUGUCUCUGUAAAGUUCAUGUGUAAAAGUAGUUAGGUACCGUUUUUAGUAUAUAUAUCUAUUCCGGUGACGUUACUUUUGACAGAAUAUAAUCGUUUUAAAAUAUUUUUAAUAGGGAAUAUUACGCAAAACUCUGUGUAGAGGACGCUACUAGAACAUACUGAGGGCCUGACGCGAAACACAAGCCCCAUGUUUAUUGGCGUGAAAUAUAAAUGUUUAGUAUAAGCUUACAAUGUUGGCCGUAAGAUGACUGAACCUACAAUACACAAAAAAACGAACGAGAGCUGCCUGCUUUGGCGUGAAGUGUCAAUAUAAAGUUCAAGUUUCCGAUUCAGGCUACGUACGUACGUAACGUUUGGGCGUACGUAAGACGGCAGACCCUUCAACGCGCACGGCCCCUAUUCGAGCGACAGAGAAGCCGAGAACGAAAUAUCGAUUAUCUCGUUUCGCAAUAGGCUCUCUGUAAACAAACCGCCUUGAGGCUUAAGGCAUAUUAGUAUGUUUAAGUUACUCUAUGGUUUACAAUAUGUGCUAGUGCUGCACUCUGGCGGCACAAUAAUGCAGUAAUACCCCCUUCCAUUCCAUCAACUAUUCCAAAUCUCGCAGAAUAUAAGGGAUCACUACAUUCUAUGACUCUUCUCUUUCCGAACAGAGUCUAACAACCAGUGCAACAAAUGUAGGCAUGUUUUACGUAAAACAGUUCUAAGAUAUCUUCAAUUUUUUUAUACUGUCGAUUUUUUUUAAUAAAAUUUUGCUAAUGUUGGGUAAGUUUGAAGAGCUCCAGUAAUAAAUACCAUAUCACCACUAUUUGGGCCAAAAAAUUUUUUGCGAAAAUUCGCCUUUUAUCGAAAUCUGACAAAUACGAAUAACACUGAAAAUAGGCCCAGUUAUCCAUACCAUAUGAAAUAGUGUGUAGUAGAAGAUUCUUCAGAUAAUAUGUUAAAUGGGAGAAGAAUAGCUUUGCGAUCCUAACGAAAUAACGGUACUUUUUCUAUGAAAUUCCAUAUCGGGAUCUUAACAAAUCACUUCUAUUUUAAUAUAAUCUAGGUUUAUAAGUUACGCAAAAAAAAAUGCAUUGAAAAUUAAAAAAAGGAAAACCUACUGUAGUAGUGGAAAAACAUUUUCUCUUUUUGUAUGAACGAGUAUGGUAUGCUUCCCUCUUAAUACAAAACAAAUUCAUGUUUUUUUUCUGUAAAUCUAGAAUACUUUAAAUAUAUAUUGUUCACAAUAGAAACACGGAAGAUUUGAUGGAAUUUAAUAAUUAGUUCAUACGUUGCAUAGAUAUUUUUGCAGAAAACUGUAAAUACCUACUUUUUCGGGUUUAAUAUAAUAUUAUCUACCUACUAUUGUCGUCUUACCUUAAUAUUGACCCUAAUUAGUACUGUCAAGGAAUUUAUUUUCAGUACCAUUUGGUACCUUGUCACCGUGACAACAGUAUGAGGUCCCUGGCGACUUUCACAUUGAUUAUUCUAAAGUAAUAAAUUAUUACUGUGAACAAGUACGAAAUGGUGCUGUACUUAUUAUUUUUUGACUGUGCAAUAUUAUAAGCAUGUUAUAUAUGGCAAAGGACCUACCUCUAUACUUGUAAAUUUAGUAAUAUCAUGGUUGUUUCCUAAAAUUAUUCCAGAUUAAUUUUGUUGUUGUAUUUACACCUCAAUAAAAUGAUUUGGGGUUAUAUUUUUUCCAAUAAUUCGCCUUAUUAAUUAUUAGUUGUUCCGUUCGUUGUAUAGUUUGUGUAAAUAUAUAUAUUUUUUCAUAUAUGUGUCCCUGAAAACCAUAGGGAAUCAGUCCAUUAUAGCUCAAGAAAGUUGAUAGAAUCAGGAGAAAUAAUUCAUGUAGUUUUGUAAAUUGGUACAAUUAUACCUGGUGGUGUCCAGAUGAACAUACUAAAAGUAUUCGGGAGCGGGGGUUGUGCUGGGGGUUUAACGCGGAGUAGGUACCUUGGGGGUAGGGUUGAAGGUACCUUUUUUCAGAUUUUUGCUUAUAUGUGGAAUAUCUGUACGAAUAGCAUUAUAAUUACUUAGAACAAAAGUUUGUACAUAAAAUUUCUUGAAAAUUUGGCCACAAUUAUGUUUACUCUACUAUCAAUACUUAGGUGGCCAUGCUCAUUUCCCCCCCUCGCCCCCUCGUCAAUAUAAACUUUUUGUAAAAACUGCGUGAAUGAUUUAUGAAUUUGUUCACUCUGUGGUUCAGGUACACGAACUAAAAAAUUAUAUUAUAUUUAGUAUAGGAGUUGGACACCAACUAAAAUUAUCAAUUUUUUUGUAGUUAGUAUUAAGUAAUAUUUCUUUUUCGUGACGUUUUAAAAUCUCUAAUUGAUUAUUCUUUCCUUGGUGUAUAAAUAAUUGUCAAAAUAUUUUAAUAUACAGUAUGUAACACAACGAAAGGCAAAGAAAGAGACCCAUUAAUGUUUAGGUCAUAUUGAGAAACUUUUACUACGGGACCAACCCCGAAAUCUCGAAAAAAAAAAGACUCCCAUAUAGGACCAGCAAAAUGUAUGAAACGGAAUGUUUUUUUGUUCGCGAUUUCAGGGUGUGUCCAAUAGUAAAAGUUGCUCAGUAUGACCCAAACAUUAAAGGGUCUCUUUCUUUACCUGUCGUUCUGUCAUACUGUAUAAAGGGCAAAAGUUGCCUUUUAUGUUCUCGAAAGUUAGGAUACAGCCUUAUCUUGGUAAUUAGACAAAACUUUGACGUGAUUUUUGGCCUGUAAUGAUCUUAAUUCUAAUGAUAGAAUUAAAAUGUCCUAUUUCAUUAUAGUUAAGAAAUCAAACAUUAUUGAAAUUUUACUUAACUUGAUUAUGUUUAUAACAAAAUAUUGCAAUGUGGGCGUUACGAGAUAUAAUGACUAGUUGUGAACCUCAUUCAUUACAACAAGGUUAAAAUAUAGUCGCAUAUGUCAUCACAUGUAUAUAGCAAGUAGUUGCAUUAGUUAGUAAAUCAUAGUUUUUUAAUUAAUUACAUUCUUAUUCUUAUAAUGUGUCGGUACUUUUCAAUUUUAGCCAUACCCUGUUGUAAAUCUUGUUCAGUAUAUGAUACAAAUUAAGGCAGUAUCGGUUAUGGCUAAAUUUGGAAAUUUGCUGAUAUUUUCAAUUUAAACAGCAAUAAUUCGAUAUCACCAUUCUUAAUUCCUUAUGAUUAAGCGUUGUUUUCAUAAAAUUGUACAAAAUAAAUCAAAAUUAUUACAAA